AUGUCAAGCAAGUCGGCCAAGGCAUGCAACUCAACACCUUCAGAAUAUUGGCAGCAUCAUGGUCAGUCACCUCAGCUCGAUGCUAUCCCAGCCUUUGAGUCUAACUGGGCGCAGGCUCCCAAAGAUGACAUUGACACGCAGCCGCCCUGCCAUCCUCGUGCCUGCGCCAUUCAAGACUGCCUGACCAAGAACAAUUACAGCGAAGCCAAGUGCCAGUCUGUGAUCAACGCCCUCUACGAGUGCUGCGACGCGUUCUACUCCAAAUACGGUGAAGAUGCGUCGACAGUCAGCUGUCCCAAGCCCAAACUGCUGCAACUCAAACUACAGCAGAUGAGGGAGGGCAAAUGA